AUGGAAAAUUACCAGAAAAAGAUAGGGUGCUUCAUUCAGAUCCCCAAUGUUGGUAGGGGCCAAUUAAAGUAUGUUGGGCAUGUUGACGGUAAAUCAGGCGUAUUUGUUGGUGUUGACUUGCUUGCCAACAUUGGAAAGAAUGAUGGUACAUUCCAAGGUAAACAGUACUUUGAGACUGAGUAUGCACAAAGCGGAUUAUUUAUCCAGCUGCAAAAAGUAGCAACUUUGAUAGAUAAUGCCUCUGAUGAUUCAAGACGUGCUACUAUGUGUGACCCCUUCGCAAAAAGCCGCCGUACAACCUUAAUCGACCCGCGAUCUCCAACGCCGGUACGUGGUAAUUCACGAAAGAGUAGUGCUGCAUCAUCCGAUAGUAUGGAUGUCGAUUCACGAGAUCGUCGUCUGAGGUAUAGCGCUACCAAAGACUAUGAGAUCAAAUUUCAACAGCAGCAACAAGAAAUUACUCGCUAUAAGAAACUACUUGACGAACAACGUGUAGUUUUGGAGGAAAUUCAGCCAGCAAUUGAUAUCUAUGAGGACAAACUACGAGAAAUGGAGUCCGAAAUAACAAGAUUGCAGUCGCAACUUGAGAAAGAGCGCGACAAUCAACGAAAACAAAAGCUAUACUUCGAGACCGAACAUGAGCAGCUAUUGUCUGUUGUAGAGGAGCUGCAUCACGAAAUAAGGGAAAAUGAACAAAGAAUGAUAGAAGGGCGUACGAGGGUACCCUUACACAAUGAUGAAUUAUAUACAGGUGAUGAUGAGCUCAAAAAAGAAAACAUGUCCCUCAAACAAGAAAUUGAAGAGCUUCGGCAGUAUCGCCUGGAGCAAGAGAAAUUUAGAUCGAAGUGGGAGAAGGAACGGGAGCAGCUCAAGAUGCACAACGAUUCCUUAAGCUCCGAAUAUCAAUUCCUUAACAAAGAAGCACAAGAAAAUGAGCGCUCGCUAAGUUCUGAAAAUAGAUCAUUGAAAGAAGCCAUCGAGCGCAUCACUGGAGAACUAAGCCUAGCCAAUGAAAGGCUUGGAAAGUUAGAAAUGUCAUCGUCAAACAGCAAAAUUCCACUCCCACAAGCCAAUGAAGAUAAUCAAAAUAUCGUACAAGAAAGCGUCAGUGAGUCACUGCCUUUGUAUGUUUCAAAAACACGAGACCCUUCUGCAGGAAGACGCCAAUGGUGUGCACUAUGUGAAAGGGAUGGCCAUGACAGUGUGGAAUGCCCAUACGAGAAUGAUCAGCUGUUUUGA